GCCUGUAACUGUAAACAACAUGGUUGUUAACCAGCCUUGCCAGAAGUGUAUAUCAAAACAUGAUUAUAGAAAGUUGUCAUUAAACUGACGAAUUCGAGUUAUUUAUUUAUAUACUUUUCUAUGAAAUAAUUAGAUACCAUGGGAAAUGGUGUCAGCAGUAAUCCAAGGGAAGGGGCACCUGCUAACCCUCGUUUAGUAUAUUCAGAAAAUUUGUCGCACAAUAAUAAAAAGCCAAUGAUUUUAGAUGCCCCAGUAUUAGUUGAUGUUGAUCACGGUUCUGUAAGAUACAGAUAUGGUCCCUAUACUGAUGAACCUGUUGAUAAACGAAAGAGAAUAGAAAGACCUUAUGCUGGAACAGAAACAGUGGAUAAAAAGCAUUAUUUUUAUCAUGCUAGGUUAAAAUCACAAGAUAUUAAUGGCAAUAAUGAAGAUGACUUUAAAAGACUUUAUGUGACUAAAGGACCAGCUAAAUCUAAACAGAAGUUUUUAUAUUAUGUUUAUGGUAAAGGUUUAGAUGCUGAAGAUGGAUUAAAACUUCACCCUACUCAAAAUAAAAUAGACAGAAAAGAUUUUGCCUGGCCAGUCACAAGAAAUCAGAAUGAUUUAUAUUAUUGUUUACAUUUUUUACCACAAGACCAGGAAUUGAAGACAGAAUCAAGUGAUGAAGAUAAACUUAUGUCAGAAUUAGAAUCUACUCCUGAUAAAUCUUCUAUUGUAUUACAGAUUAAUGAAAAUGACAAAAUUUCUACAUUGAAAGCUACACUAGCUGUAAAGUUAUUGAAGGCUGCUAGUAAUUUGCAUGUUUUUGAUAAUAAUAGGGAAAUGAGGAAUGAAGAUGUCAUUGGUGAUUUACGAGAUGACAAUCAAGAAAAGUUCAAGGUCUUCAAAGUUCAAUUAUUAAGAAUCUGAUUUAAUGUUGAUAUUAAAUUGAGAAGAGUAAUGUUGAUUGAUAAAUCUACUUGAACCUUUAUACAAAACAUGUAUGAAUUAAAAGUGAUAAACUUAAAUAUAGCCAAUAUCUUGAUAGGUGUAUACGUAAUAUUUUAUCAAUUGUUAUUUUGCUUUGAAAUGAAAAAUUAUUUUUACAAUUUUGCACUUUUGUAUGGUAAGAAAUGAAUGAUCAUUUCACUCAAUUUUACAUUUAGUGUCUGCCGUCUUCCAAAGAAAGCAGGGGACUAUUAAAAUGGGUCUGUCUCUCUAGUGAAGAUGUUCAUUGGAAUUUAUUGACUGCAUCCAGUCAUGAGCUAAGAAAAUUGAUUUGUCAAUGCUUUUGAACAAGGUAAUUUUGAGUUAAGUGUUGAAACUUGGAGUAUAGUUUUAUCAUAACAAAGCCUUGACCGCACCUGAUAAUUAGCGAUUUUUGCACUGAUUAAAGGUGCAUUAUGUAAGUUUAGAUAAAGAGCUGACAGUUCUCUCUGUCAUACUUAAAAAAUAGAUAAUGAAAAGGGAAUAUGUAGAAAGUUUUCGGGGGGGGGGGGGCUGAAUAUACUUGGACCCCCCCAAAAAAUUUACAUAGUAGGCGCCAAACUCCUAUUAUUUACAACAAUUAUUAGGAUUAGUUAAGAUUCUAUCUGUAUAAAACCUGUACAUAUCCCAAUAUGGUUUACAUUGCUAAAAUAAAACACAGAGAGAAUCAUCCUGGAAACAUGUGUGAAGUGAAACGUAACUGUGUUCCAUAAAAUUAUGUCUAGUUAGUCUGUUAGUGUCAGUAAUAUUUUGUUAAUUUUUUUCUGCCACUUAUCAGAGUGAAUCGCAUGUAGGUAUCCAAAAACAUUAUCGCCUAAACCAAAUAUUUAUCGCCCGCUCAGCCAGCAACGUAACAAUAAUGCUUUGCACGCGGUGUCUUCGUAGACAGCAUGGCCACAUGGUGUUUGUUUAUAUUUUUUAGGGGUUUUAAAAAUGGGUUAGGGUUAGGGUUGCGGACCCCCCCAAUAUAUAUUUCACAGCUACGCCUCUGGUUGCAUAAUGCCUGUUUAAGCAGAGUGAUAAAUAAUCUGAUUGCUUAAUAUUUUGUAAAAACACAAAUGUCAUCUAUUUAUUUUUGUAUUAAGGUGGGGGACAUCAUUCUUUCUGGCGGCUUAUUUCAUUAAACAUGCAUUAUGUAAGAGCCUAUUGCAUGACCUUUUUUUAGACCUGGAAUGUUACAUAAAUUAUUAUAACAAGACCAUACUCAACUCUCCAUGCCAUCGGAUGCGUGCAGCAAUAUUUAAUGGAUUCAAAUACGUUUUGUGGUGGAUGAAAUAACCGUAAAAAUAGUUAAUCAAGAUUUUGUCUAUUAUCGUAACAGCAGUAUUAAUGACAAUUGAGGUUAGCCUAAGAUUAAAUCGCCGAUACCUUGGCUCAGAAAAUUUGACUGAAAUUUUCAACAUAUUUUCUUUUUGUUAUCUAUUUUCAACUAUUAUAGCUAGAACUGUCAGCUCUUUAUCUAAUCUUACCUAAUGCCGCUUUAAUAUUUUCAAAAAUAUAUGUUUAAAAAUAAUAUAUUUUAAAUCAGUAUUUCAAAAGUAAGUAUUAAGGAUUCUAAUCGUCAUUUGUGCGAUUUUGAAUCUUUUUCUGUAACAUUAUUGAUCUCUAAAAGUGAUUGAAAAUUCCAAAAGUUGGUCAAUUCUUUUCAGUAUUUACAAAGAUACGAUAAAUUAAAAAAAGUUGCAAUGUUCGGCAUCCUAUUCAAAAGAGAUGUAAACGAAAACUUUCAAAAUUCAAACCCAUGCAUUUGAAUUUUUUUUACGACCUCUUUUGUCCCUUUUGACUAAAUGCUAUGGCCAUUUUGACUAUUGAUUAUGGUUUUGAAUGGUUUAUGACCAUAUGUUUAGAUUAUUGAAGCUAAAGUCUUUUGAUGGACAUCUUUUUAAUAAUAAUAUUAUGAUUGAAUCCAAACAAGAAGAUUACCGAUUCUUGAUAUUUUGAUUUUGUUUUCUUCAUCCAUUAUCAAACAAUCAAUCUGAGUAAAUUUUAGCAUGGAAUAAGCUUGGGUGACUAAUGAUAUAUUUGGACUAAGAACAUAUUCAAACUAAUUAAUCUAUCAAAAAUUUGCUUCAAAUCCAUCUCAAAGCAUUGUAGCCUAUUUGCGAGGAAAUACCCCAAGCUAUAAAAAAAUCUAUUUUUAGAAGCCAUGCUUUCUGGUAACUUGAUUGAGAGAGGGUCUAUGUUCAGAAUGUAUUUGUUGUUACUUACUGUCCAUUUACCAUUCAUAUUGAAGCCUAGGUAAAUUCAUGGAUUGUCAGUCUGUUGUACAUUUAAACCCAUCAAUGUCUCCCAAACCUCCUAACCAUUCGAUCAAGAAAUAACAACCGCUCCCUAAGUUGAGCUGGCAGACAAUAAUCCAUGGGGCUGCCAGUUAGUGAUACCCUGAUAUUUUUGCCCAGUGCUUUCCCCACAGGUGUUUUUCAGGGAAUCCAGUAAUUUUCCUAGUAAGAUGAGGCGUCUCUAGUUUCCAUACUAAAUUUGCCAUACUGUUAUUGGAAAUAACUUUCCUAUAAAUGCUUUUGUGAGAAUGAAACUUUAAGCACUGGUGAUUUAAUAAAGUCAUAUUUAGCAGCUUGAACAAUAAAUGGAAUUGAAACCUGUUCUUGAUUAUAUCUAUUCUUUAUAUAUUUUAUAAACUUACACAUUAUAAUGUAAAGUGCAAUAUAAUAUACCUAUAUGUGGUUAUAAAAGUCUUAAAAUUUG